GAGAGAGAGUCCUUUGGGAAGAGUCACAAAGCGUUUUCCUCAGAGAGGGAGCGGAGAGCCGAGAGCUCGGGAGUCAUCCGAAGGAAAGCAGCGCUGCUCCGGACACCACAGAGCGCCCGACGCGUCCCGGACCGCCGGACUGAGGGAGAAGAGGAGAGAAAGCGAACAAAAAGAGGAAGAAAGAGGCGACAGAUGAUGAUGACAUCUGAUCUGGGUGAUAGCUGAUCUCUCUGUUCUGCCUGACAGCUUCAACUGUGGAUCUCAAAGCGCUCCAGGAGAGACUUUUCUAACAGCUCCUCACUCCUCACAACUCUCCGCUGGUGAUUUUAAACGCGCGUCUUAAGUGUUCGGACAGUUUUGGACCCGCUACGAUGUCCCGUCUGUUUUAACACGCGCUCCUUCAGGACAAGAAUUACGACCCGCUUUGGUUUUUUUCCCCAGCAGCACAUUGAGCCCGCGACGCUUCAGGAUCUACGGGAGGACAAGUGCACAGCAGCGAGCCACGGAGGUCUGUUCAUGUUUGGGAUCCAAGAGAGCAUCCAGAGAAGCGGCAGCAGCCUGAAGGAGGAGCCGCUGGGAGGCAUGAACGUCCGGAGCUGGAUGCAGGGGGGCGGCGUGCUGGACGCCAACACGGCCGCCCAAAGCGGAGUGGGUCUGGCCCGGGCGCACUUCGAGAAGCAGCCGCCCUCCAACCUGCGCAAGUCCAACUUCUUCCACUUCGUCCUGGCGCUGUACGACCGGCAGGGUCAGCCGGUGGAGAUCGAGAGGACCAACUUCGUGGACUUCAUCGAGAAGGAGAAGGAGACGAGUGGAGAGAAGACCAAUAACGGGAUUCAUUACCGGCUGCAGCUUCUUUACAGUAAUGGCAUCAGAACAGAGCAGGACUUUUAUGUUCGACUCAUAGACUCCAUGACUAAACAGGCGAUUGUUUAUGAAGGCCAAGACAAAAACCCCGAGAUGUGCAGAGUGCUGCUGACACACGAGAUCAUGUGCAGUCGGUGCUGUGACAAGAAGAGCUGCGGGAACCGUAACGAGACACCUUCGGACCCCGUCAUCAUCGACAGAUUCUUCCUCAAGUUUUUCCUCAAGUGCAACCAGAACUGUCUAAAGAAUGCAGGAAACCCACGAGACAUGAGGAGGUUCCAGGUGGUGGUAUCAACUACGGUGAGCGUGGAGGGACACGUCCUGUCCGUGUCCGACAACAUGUUCGUCCACAACAACUCCAAACAUGGCCGACGGGCCCGCAGGCUCGACCCCGUGGAAGGAACGCCGUCUUACCUAGAACACGGAUCACCUCCCUGCAUUAAAGCCAUCAGUCCCAGCGAGGGCUGGACCACGGGGGGCGCCACAGUCAUAAUCAUAGGCGACAACUUCUUCGACGGUCUCCAAGUCAUCUUCGGUACCAUGCUGGUUUGGAGCGAGCUGAUCACGCCGCAUGCCAUCCGGGUGCAGACGCCUCCCAGACACAUCCCCGGGGUCGUCGAGGUCACUCUGUCCUACAAGUCCAAACAGUUCUGCAAAGGCACACCGGGACGGUUCAUCUACACAGCACUGAACGAGCCGACCAUCGACUACGGCUUCCAGAGGCUUCAGAAGGUCAUCCCGCGGCAUCCCGGGGACCCCGAGCGGCUGCCAAAGGAAGUCAUUCUGAAGCGAGCAGCCGACCUGGUGGAGGCCCUGUACGGUUUACCCCAUAACAACCAGGAGAUCAUCCUGAAGCGUGCGGCCGACAUUGCAGAAGCUCUCUACAGCGUUCCGCGAGGACACACCCAGCUGUCCGGCUCCACCCAUGGCGGCAUGAUGGGGGUCAACUCCUUCACCGGGCAGCUGUCCGUCAACGUCUCCGAGCCCACGCAGGCCAAUCAGGGUUUCGUGCGCAGCAGCAGCAGCGUGUCACCUCACGGUUACGUGCCCAGCACCACGCCUCAGCAGACCAGCUACACCUCAGUUAGCAGCACCAUGAACGGCUACGCUAACAACACCGGCAUGACCAACCUGGGAGGCUCGCCCACGUUCCUCAACGGCUCCGCUGCCAACUCGCCUUACGCCAUCGUCCCCUCCAGUCCCACUAUGGCCUCCUCCACCUCACUGCCCUCCAACUGCUCCUCCUCUUCUGGCGUCUUCUCCUUCUCUCCGGCCAACAUGGUGUCGGCGGCCGUUAAGCAGAAGUCCGCCUUCGCUCCAGUGGUCAGGCCCUCCUCCUCCCCUCCGCCCUCCUGUACCAGCGCCAACGGAAACGGGCUCCAAGAUCAAACAUUUGUGGACUCUAGCAAGUACUCAACAGCCAGCUCUCUACAAGGCCUGGCCUUCACCUGAACAAUCCCGGGAAUGAUCGUCCCACCCAUGUAAAGGUGUGAGUGCAUGACGUUGUGUGUGUGUGUGUGUGAUUGUGUGUGAGAGGUGAAGAUCAAGCACACUCGCGUCGAUCCUGGCGAAGGAUGUCGGUGUGAGUCAGACUCCGGUCGCGGAUGGAAGCAGCCGUCCAGAUCUGAAGGAACAAACCCAACUCAGGCUUUCUAACACAAAAAUAACUGCAAGAAAACAGACGAAAAUGAAAAAAAAAAUACAAAAAAAAAGACUGUUUGCAAGGAAAAUCGUUGUUUAGACUUUGUACACCUCGAUGCUUUUAUAGGAGAACGGCCACGCCUACAUCACGACUCUCCACAGACACAGGAAGUGUAUUUAUUUGGAGAGAUUCCAUCUUUUUCCCCUCGAGUGAUUGUUGAUUUGUUUUUGUUUUUUUUAAUUAUUUUCAUGCAACAGUUAACGUGUGAUAAUCAUCUUCUAACUGCGUCUCACAUGAAGGGAAUUUUUUCUAUUUAUGAAGUUUGGUCACUAAUGAAGGAAUGUAAUGUGAAGAAUACCUGAUGAAUUUUUAAUAAAAUGUGGGGUCAAAUCCAGCCGAGAACAGACGAGCCAAACCAGACGAACACACACUUUUGCCAAAUCAACUCUGACUGAAGCACUCAGAUGCAUCCCGCCUGUGAAUCAUGCUGCAGCUUUUAGCCAUUCAAGUAAUCGCAGUGUUUACGAGCUGGUGUGCUACAUUUCAGUCUUUCAGCCAAAAGAAGCUGCAGAGAGAAACAGCGGCUGGUAGAGAGCGAUCUGAUGAGCGCGUGCCAACAGCAGCGUCACUCUUCAGGAUUUGACCCAACAACUCCACCCCACGAUGUGUUUUAGAGUCGGACCCCGCCACAGUGACCUCUGUAAGAGGGAGAACAUGUCUUAAAGACUGCUGCCAUUUUGAUUUUGUCGUGUGAGAGUUCUCAAACUUUUGUCUUAAAAUAUAAAUCCUUGUUUUUCGUUGUUUUCUUUUGGUUUGCUGUGUUGUUUUGUUUUUACUGUGAUUAGCCGGCCAAUCAGAUUGUGUUUCUUUUUUAGCUAGCUGCCCACUUAUCUGUUGUGAGUGACGACUUUAGUGGGGAAAUUAUCCAACGGUGUGUCUUAAACGCUGCGCUGCAAACGAUGUCGAGUCUAUAAAACCUUCAGCUCAGUCUCAUGAUGUGAAAACAUCUGCACCUCUCUCAGUCUGCCUCUCAAUCAGGAUCGAGUUUUACAGUCCAGCUGUUUUUGAGGGCUUCAUAUAUGUUAAGACCUGAAAGUAACAUCAAAUAUCAGGAUUUUUUUGACAAAAUGAACAAUGACAUGAUAAAUAAUCAUCAGUAACGUGUCAGAAACAUCAUCAUUUUACUGUUAUAUGGCCCUUAAAGGUGCAAUAUGUAAGAAUUUAAGUUGAUGC